AUGACUUCACUAGUGCAGCGAGUGAGAAAAAAGUUCACUGCUCCGAUGCUGGAGAUCAACGUGGCUCCUCUCGCCACGCCUGCACAGAAGACCAAGCCUGCAAAUUCCGGUCUCCCCAUGCGAAUUUCGUCUUCUCCAACUGAUUUUCCGCCGAAGCGAAACGACGACUCAAACCAAGGCGACGUACCACUAGUGCAGCGAGUGAGAAGAAAGCCCGCCGCUGGCAUGCUGGAAAUCAACGUAGCUCCUCUCGCAACGCCUGCAAGGAAGACCAAGCCUGCAACAAACGACGACUCAAACCAAGGAGACGUACCACUAGUACAACGAGUGAGAAGAAAGCCCGCCACUCCCAUGCUGGAGAUUAAUGCGGCUCCUCUCACAACGCCUGCAAAGAAAGCGAAACCUGCAACAAACGACGACUCAAACCAAGGAGACGUACCACUAGUACAACGAGUGAGAAGAAAGCCCGCCACUCCCAUGCUGGAGAUCAAUGUGGCUCCUCUCACCACGCCCACAAGGAAGGCCAAGCCUGCAAAUUUGAGCGACAAGAGCUUAGCCUCAUUGAAAAAGCAAUCGGCAUUACCGACUCAAGCAAAAAAACCAGUACUCCGUGCAACUGCAAAAAGGAAAUCCGUCGACACGAAAGCUAAGAAUGGAGCCGCGACCCAUGCCAUGGCUAAGAGGACUCGACCUGCAGGAGAAAAGCAAGCACAAAUACCCACGGUUCCGACGGCCUCACAAAUGCUACAGCGACAGAAACUCCCAAUGGCGAAAGUGCAAGAAAUGAUGCGCGAACGCGACCCCACCUACAUGAUCGAGACAAAUGCGCUCACAAUCAUCGAGUUCUCAUACGUGUGCCCCUUCAAAUGCCGACACAAUCACCUACUAUGUCACUACUGUGGUGCCCAUUUCAUAGACCCAGUGCAUUUGAGAGAACAUACUGAAACAAGCCACUCUCCGAAGAAAUUCAAAAUCGCUGAACACCGGAACAUGCUCAAAGUGGAUCUAACAAGAAUCGACUGCAGAUUAUGCCCGGAGAAUAUUACAAACCUGGACGACUUCAAGAAACACAUAUCGAGUGUCCACAACAAAAAAUACUACUUCGACUUCAAAGAUUUGAUUCUACCGUUCAAGUUGACUAAAAACGAAAUGAAGUGUGCAGUGUGUGAUGUGAUUUUUCCGUACUUUCAUGCGUUGAAUAAACAUAUGAACGUGCAUUUUAGUAAUUAUGUGUGUGAGACGUGCGGGUUGGGUUUCGUUGAUAAGGGACGGUUUGUGAUGCAUCAGCAGAGGCAUGAGGAAGGCGAUUAUCCGUGUGAGACUUGCGGGAAGGUGUUCAAGGCGCAGUAUAAUAGGGAUCUCCACAACGACCGGGUUCACAUGAAGCGCGGACGCGUUUACUGCCCCAAAUGCGACAUCCGGCUCAUGUCCUACCACCAGAAACUCAAGCAUUUGGUCGAGGUGCACGGCGAGGAGCCUCUGUCGUUCACGUGCAACGUGUGUGACAAGGUGUUCGAGACGCGCCGCACGCUCACCAUACACCGGCGGAAGGACCACUUGAAGGACUACAGAUACAUAUGCCAAUGCUGCGGCCAGAAGUUCUUCACUCGUUUCGCCUUGAACAACCACAUGCCGGUCCAUACAGGCGCGAGAGACUUCAAGUGCAAGGUCUGCGAGAAGACCUAUCCAAGGCUCAAGACUCUGAAGGACCAUAUACGGAUACACACCAACGACAGGCGGUAUAGAUGCCACAUAUGCGGUCAAGCCUUCAUACAAAACUGCAGCUUAAAGGGACACAUGAAGAGUCAACACCCUGAGUAUGGAUAAGGUGUCUUAUUGUAAGAACAACGUGGCUGUACAGUACAAGCAAUAGUAGUUUUUAUGUGUAUAGCAUUAAGGUAUCGAAUCGGACAAGUUUUUGAAACCGGUACCUCUAGCAUGAGCAACUUUCGUCUUCGAAUCGUUUGCGUAUUCGACAAAAUUCGAUACUCAACCUUCGAAUUAAACGAUUACGUGACAAUUUUGAUUCUCAAAAUAAGUUUCGUACAACCAUUUCUCAUACUAAGUUCACUUUACGACACGGUCACAAGGGCGCUGAUGUAGUUUUCGUACUAAAUCUUUUGAUGGCGAUUCGAAUACGCAAACGAUUCGAUCUCGAAAGUUUUUCGUGCUAGCCGAACCGGUGAAUAAAAGUCGGACGUAAGUUCAUUAAUAAAUUAAUUUCGAAUCUAUUUGUCACUGUCGCACAUGCAAGCACCUCGCAGUGAGUGAAAGAGACGACAAUG